AGAGAGAGAGAGAGGGAGAGAAAGGAGGGGGGAGAUAAAAUGUUCUCUUGGAAAUACAUAUUUUUUGUCGAUUUGUUGGUCAUCAUUAGAUUUUCAUUAUAUUUUUUCGCAAUUCAAAAUACAUUUGAGUUUGUUUAUGCAAAUCUCGAAGAAGCAAUCGAUACAUGAGGGUCGUUUGACGAAAAUAGAGUCACGAGAAAUUGCAUGACGUAAUAAUAACCACAGCCACAACCAACAUCACGAGAAUCAUGCGCGGCUCCCUUGAGGAAGAAUCUAGGGUCUGUCUUUUGUGACUUUUUGCUCGACGCAUUUAGCUUCUUGGAGUCGAAUGAGAAUAUAUUCGGAUUCGAGGAUGAAAGGGUAAAGAGGGAAAUCGUAGAGAUUGAAUGAGAGUAACAGUGUCUUGUCGUCUUUUUUUCCAGUUACGUUUACCAUCUGCUUCUUCCAACUUUUAAGUGUGUACUUGGCAGUUAGUAGAAGGAAGACGAAGAAAGUAAGAAAUCGUCGAGAGUGCAACGGAGAAGGAGAAAGACAGGUCUCGCUUCACGCAUAUUCGAUUUCCGCAGAAGGCCCUCCUUCGAUUCGCGCGAUCGCAGAUUAGCAAGUUUUGUCCGAGCACCGAAGAGAGCAUUCCGGGCGUACAUUAUAGAAAAAUAGGAGUGGAAAGAGAAUUAGAAGGAUAAGAAAGAUAGGAAAGAAAACAAGUAAAGAGCGUUUCUCAAGAGAUAAAAUUUUAUAAAGGAAGCAAAGUGUCCUUUGAUAUAAUCGCCAUCGUCUCUUCAACAAUGAUAACAUUUUCAGAUUACUUUGCAUAUGCAAAGACAAUGUUUCAGUGUAAAACGCAGAAGAAGGUAUGAAAACGCGGUUGAAAAUUAUAGCAGUCGCGGGUCGUUGAUCUGCAUAAUCGCCGAAGAAGAUUUCUCUGUUUAAAGCUUACUGCUCAUGAAAUAGAGAUAGCUGCGAUAAACAGAAUGUACUGAAAUUCGCACGAUUUAUGCGAGUCCUGUGAGAAUUUUCAUUCAGUUGACUUCCAUUACAAAUCCAUGAGAGUUCGAUUCAGUGCCACCUGGAAUGACUUCAAGUCCAAUAUACUUGGAGCAUACACCGCGUACACUAAAAUAUAUUUUAUGCCACGUAGUCCGAUUAUAUUCGUAACAUGAAUUAUACGAAAGAAGGAAAAUCGUAGGAAAAUUGCACACAUUAUUACGAGCAGGAUUCGUCGAAUUUAUGUAUAUUUGCAGGUAAUGACAACAUGCUUUAACUGUGUUCAGUUUAUACGUAUCUUAUAGUAUACAUUGCCGUAUUUAGAAUCAAUGGACGAAGAUCUCGAGUGUGAAGAAUUUCCAAGGUGAUGAAUCUUUCAGUAGUGGUUAUUAAUCAUAUGAUCAUUUAGUGUGUGUGUGUGUGUGUGUGAGAGAGAAAGAGAGAGAAAGAUUACGUAUCGCUGGUGAUUUCCUUCCGUUGUCGUACUGCGGGCGAAUCGUGUCGAGACGAGUGACAGCGGACUUGAUAGUCGAGUUGUUUCCCUCUCUCUCUUUCUGACUCUCUUGAUAAAAUUUCUGGAUUGUAAGUUCUAUGAUUCUUUUUGUAAAGCACUGCGUGUAUGUAUGUAUAUUAUACGCGAGCAUCACGGAGUUCAUUCGAAUUUAUGAGUCUGCUCCAAUUUGGAUAAACACAUCUCGGCAUUUUUCAUAUCAAGCAUGAUAAUCAGUUCAACCUUCCGGCUGCUUAUCGCCGCGUGUCUCCUUCACGUCUCCAGAUACAAACGUCUGUGUUCGCGAUGAGACAAUAUUUAGUGUCGAGUCUUUGUGAUUGUCUCGGUAGCUGCUCGUCGUGGAUUUCUAUCAGCUCGAUUUCAGAUCGAUUGUUAUUAAGAAACGUGACGCAAAGUGUGAGUCUCGCGCCGUUACUCGACAAUGUGUGCAGAUUUAAUUCACUGCACCAACGAACCGAACGUCUCCAUACCGCAACUCGCGAACCUCCUGAUCGAACGUUCGCAGAACACGAAUUGGACAGUGGUGUUCAAAGCUCUGAUCACGGUGCAUCACAUGCUCUGCUAUGGCAACGAGAGGUUUACGCAGUAUCUCGCCUCCAGCAACAGCACGUUCCAGCUCAGCAAUUUUCUCGACAAGAGCGGCGUACAAGCAGGAAUACGCGUGGGAUAUGACAUGUCGCCGUUUAUCAGACGAUACGCCAAGUACCUCAACGAGAAAGCUCUCUCCUACAGGACGGUAGCGUUCGACUUCUGCAAAGUGAAAAGAGGGAAGGAGGACGGUACUCUACGUACAAUGAAUGCUGAGAAACUUCUAAAAACCUUGCCGGUGCUGCAGUCGCAACUCGACGCACUGCUGGAAUUCGAUUGCACGGCUAACGACCUCACAAAUGGCGUCAUAAACAUGGCCUUCAUGCUUCUCUUUCGAGAUCUUAUCCGGUUAUUCGCCUGCUAUAAUGACGGCAUCAUUAAUCUAUUAGAAAAAUAUUUCGACAUGAAUAAGAAACAAUGUCGGGACGCUUUAGACCUCUACAAGAAGUUUCUUAUACGCAUGGACAGGGUCGGAGAAUUUUUGAAAGUCGCGGAAAAUGUCGGCAUCGACAAGGGAGACAUACCAGACCUGACGAAGGCACCGAGUAGUUUAUUGGAUGCAUUGGAGCAACAUCUCGCUUCCUUGGAAGGAAAGAAGGGCUCCGCCGCGAAUACACCAACACAGUCAGCAAGCAAUAGAACCAAUGUAAAGUCGGGAGUGUCCGCCCUGUCUUCCACCAGUACCGCGUUCGGAACAGCAGCCAGUAACGCGCGACUCGACCAAACCGGGAACGGCCAUAUCGAUGAAGCGUUGCGACAGCAAGCUCUCGCGGAAGAGGAAGCCGCCAUGAAUCAAUACAAGGCUAAAGUACAAUCACCAUCGGGUGGUCCCAGCACAAAUCCCUUCCUCAGUUCUCCAACCAACAAUGCUAAUCAGCCGAUCGUGGAUUUGUUCGGUGCUGCACCAGCGUCCGAUAGUCAGCCGCAGAAGGCGUCGGACGAUCUGCUGCAACUAGCGGGUAAUCCGUUCGCGAACAUGUUCGGAACGGCGCAGCCGGCCGCAGCCGCGCAACCCGCUCAGAUGCAGAACAACAUGUGGAUGACCAACGGUAAUGCUGGCGCUCCAGGAACGGCCGCGUCCGUACCUAAUCCCUUCAUGUCCGAUUUCCCGUCCGUGGGUGGCAGCGGCCAGGCAACAAGCACGGGCGCCUUCGGGCUGUUCGAGCAGGGCGCUGGCGGCGUUGUUGUUGGCGGCGCGAUGAACGAGCCGGCACAAGCGGCGGCGGCGCAAGGCGGAGACCUCUUCAGUGCCGGCGGUGGUCAGGCGGAUCUUUUUGGAGCCGAGUCCACCGCGAUGCUGAGGGCCGCGAACGGCAGUGACGGAGACGCCGCGGCCGAUGUGAUGGCGGCGGCGCCUCCCGCCGUCGGCAAGCCACCGUCCACUGCCACGCCGCCACCUAGACCACCGCCACCCGCGACCGCCGCGAAUGGUGCACCGCGUACACUGUCACCGACGUGUGUCGGCGGAGCGUCACAUGGUAGGCCAGCGGCGGCGUCGGCGACUGCAUCGGCGACGACGGCGGCGGCUGCGAGCGCCGCCGCCGGUUCAGCUCCGGGCAAGAGCGCCUUUGACGAUCUCAACGACAGUAUCCGCAUGGCACUGGGUGGGUCUCCGUCGCGUCCGGCACCACUGGCCCAGCAACAGCAGCAACAACAACAAGCCGCCGGCCUCGUGACCGCCCAACAACAGCCGCCGCAACAACGACGCAUGCCGCCGCAGUCGGCGGCCGGUAUGUUCGCGGACGACGCUACUGAGCAACCUAUGAGCAUUCCCGGUGGGCCGAUAGGCUAUGGUAUCCCUACCCAAGCCCAAGUCCCCGUGGGGUACGGUUCGCCGGCAAAGCAACCUAUGUCAGCCGCGGGACAACCGGUCAAUGCGGCCGGCACCGGCAAGGUCCUAACCGGAGAUUUAGACAGCAGCCUCGCCAGCCUUGCGCAGAACUUGACGAUUAAUAAGAGCGCUCAGCAACAAGUGAAGGGAAUGCAGUGGAAUUCUCCAAAGAACGCUGCGAAAACGGGCGGUCCAGCUGGAUGGUCACCGCAACCAAUGGCAGCUACGACUGGUGCUGGAUAUCGACCCAUGGGCCAAGGAAUGACGCAGCUGCUGCCGACGACCACGACCAUGGGGUUUCCCACGCAGCCUACGAUGAUGGGUAUGCAAGGUAUACCAAUGGGCAUACAGGGCAUGCAGGGUAUGCAGGGUAUGAGGCCGAUGAUGUGUACUAUCCCAGGUGCUUCCGCCGCCGGUAGCGGUAUGAUGGUUGCGGGAGGAACUGCACCAAUGAUGCAAAUGGCCGGUACGAAUCCCAUGAUGGGUCCUAACCUGCAGCAGCAGCAUCCUCAAGCAGCAGCUCAGCCACAAGGCAAUGCUGUCCAGCUCGAUCCGUUUGGUGCUCUGUGAAGGGAUUAGGAUUCAAAAUGGAAUUAAGAAGACGGAGCGACAUUUUGUAAAUAUCGUUGUGUAAUAUGCCUAGAAAAAAAAAAAGAAUCACACGAUUUAUUCCCGCUUAUUUCCGUUAGACGUGGGCCCGAUCGAUCUUGGAUCAUUGAAUAUCACUUGAAUCGUCACAUUGUGAAUACGCGAUCGGUAUAAUUGUAUCAUACUUUCUAUAUAUAUAUGUGUGUGUGCUCGCCGAGUAGGUAACAUGCGUUACUAUUCCGAUAUAGGACGUCGUUCCCAUGAACCAGUUUGAUUAACGUUAAAAUGAAAACUGGCGGUUUUUUUUUCAAGGAAGAGACCUGCAUAUUUGAGAUCUUAUCAGGCAAGAAAGUUAAAAAGUGGGCAGAGGAAUAAAUAGAUGAGGUGGUGGCGAGAGGAUGAAAGAGAAGGAAGAGAAAGAGGUCGAGCCUUAAAAAUAAAAUAUUCCAGCCAGUGUUCAUGGGAAUCGUACCGUAGUCAAAGGGUGGCCUUUUCACCCUGAAAUCCGUAGCCGGGCAUAAUUCAGUUUAGACAGACAAGAGUUGUUCGGACGCGAGUUGCGUUUAGAAUGACACGAACAUGCGAGUGCGGUGAUUCCGUGAGGAUUCGUGCCGUGAAAAAAAAGGAACAGUGAACUGCGCGAAUGUGAUCGAGAGUGACAAUUUAUUAGCAGCGCACGUGAGCCGAACUGUUCUUCUUCGUUGAUAUCGAGUAAGCCUAUCGAAGAUGCAUUUCUAAGUUCAAUGAAAGAUUUCCGUAAUUAGCGAUAUAGCGAUAUUUAAGUACGAUUAGUUGUCGCAAGGAUCGAUUGUGAUGUCGUUAUGGGCGCAUUGUCGACGCGAGGGAAGAAUCCGGUGGUUCGUCAUGGUUCUAAACGUAAUCGCGUUAGACUUACACGUAGACGACGAUUGCACGUACCAAUGUCCGCGUUAACGCGAAGCCGUUUAAUAAGUGCAAAACAAACAAAAAAAAAUUAUGUCGAGAUAGAUUUUCGAAUGUAUAUCCUCGUUGUCAUAUAUAUGUAUGUGUGUUUGUGUGCACGCGCGCAUAAAUACACAUACACGCGUUGUUCUGCGAAUGUACGGGUUCGAUUUUUGAGAGAGAAUUUCGAGGCUUUCUUUCGAAGUAUUAACUCAAACAAUAAAGGUAUACACGCGAUAAUUAUUACACACAUACAUACAUAUACACACACAUACUAAACACACAGAUACACAUAUUGUGAGAGAAAGACGAUGAACCGAAUAGGUGGACUCAUUAAAUGUUCUUUAUCCGUACUGUUCGAAGAUAUCGUAAUUAAAUAGUAAAACGAGGUAUAUAUAAACAAGCUAAGACUAUGACGCUCAUACAUAACUACGAAUAUAAUGUAAACCUACAAUUCAAGCACGGUACUAGCGAUACAGUCAAUAUCCCGUUCCGUUUGAGGUUGUCAAUAUACGCUCGAUUCCCGUCACUAUAGUAGCAUUGUCGUUAUACGAAAACGAAAAUCUGUCGUCUGGAAUCGUAGCUUGUAUUGUGACCGAUUGAUCAUUUAUCCGCAGUCAGCUCGCUCGAGCAAACCUGUACUGCUUCGAAUGAGCGAUCCACGUGUUUACGAGAAAGAAAAGAAAAUGAAGGAACCGUCAAGUACGGUUGCGGGUACGGUUUGAGCAUUUUUUUAUCAAGUUAGGAGCGAAUCAAGUGGUAAAAAUUGUAAGCCGAUUAGCCUAGAACUCUGACAGUGAUCGGUUAUGACAGUAACCGAAGUGACAGUAAAUAUCGACUCUUUAUCAUACUCUUAUCUGUGAUAGGUGAUAUGAUAGGUGAGAAUAUAAUAAAGAUUUCUACGUUUCUCCUAAACUCACCGUAGUAGUGACGGUGGAUGUCUCAUAUCUUGUCAUUGUGCUUCUGUCACAACGAAUUACCGUACAGGUUCAUGUGGCUUGCGGUCAUGAACAUUCGAUGCGCUCCUAACUUCAUCAGAGAAAGAAAUGUGUAGACCGUCUUACGCAAUCAAGUGGUAGGGGAAGAAAAAGAAUUCGUUGCGACGAUAUGUAAGCAGCGUGUGCAGUGCUAGUCUAUAGAUUUGUUGUUGAAGGAUCACAAUAAACGGGGCGAAUGAUUCUCGCGAGCGACAACUCGGAUUGCGACGAACGACCUUCAGUUAUUUCGUCAAACUGCACGUUCAAAAGUAUCUCCGCUGAAGUCUCGCGUUAAUUAAUGGGACUCGCUAAUCAAUUACCCGUCCGCGCUUAUUAAUUGCGGACGGCACACGACUACUCGCGAUCUCGCUUAGUAUUGUCUAUACUUUCCGUUUUUCCUAUUUAUUCUCCUUCGUAACGCUACGUCGUGGACUGAUCAGGUCGAUUCUACCAAGGUCGAUUAGCUGUCGCGGUGAUUGUGUUUCCGUUUCUCCUUAGAUUGCGAUACUCGCUGUAGUGUAGAUAGCAAGUGAGACAUUCGAUUAAUUAACGCACAGCUUAAUUAUCCAUUGUCAUUAAACGACGUUGGUAGAAUCGCGCCGUUGAGACAGUAGCUGAUGUAAGUAUUGAAUUUGUACGCCGAUCAUGACCUUUUCGAGUUCUACACGGAGUAUUUUCUACCGCGAUUUAAGAGUACACUGUAUUAACCUUUCUCACUGUUCUCGUCGCCGAUACCUUUAAUUUUAUUAGUAUAUGUAUGUGUAUCACUAUGCGUAUGUGUGUGUGUAUGUGUGUGUGCGUGCGUGCAUGCGUGCGUACGUACGUUCGUUCGUUUAUGAGACGGUUUGAUCACAUUUUUUCGAUGAAAUUAGAAGCGUAUCAAUUGGUUACAAUUGCGAGCCACUGUUUACGGGGACUUGUGUGAUAAAAUCAAUUCUGACUAAUCUGGAUAUCGAAUCUAAUUUAAUGAUCUUUUUCUUCUCCACCCACUAAUCAGAAAAACAAAGAUAGUCUAGGAAAUGGGAUUUCACAUUUUUUCGGCGCGUGACGCUUCACUACGUAUGUUCCGCCAAUCAGGGCGUAUCAAACUUAAUUAAUUAAUAACUCGCGAAGCUUGUAUUAAAAAAUGGCGAAAAAUGUUUCAAUAUAUGGCGGUUGGUGUGAGACAACCUGUAUAUCUGAUCCAUCUCAUAUAUCAUCACUUGGACAUCUGUCAUAACGAAUUAUCGUGCAGACUCUUGAAUAACGACUUGCAAUCGUGACUACUUGACUCUCUGACUACAUCGAAGAAAAAUGUGUUCAAACCAUUUCGCAACCGAGUGUAUUAAUAUUGAUUCCGAGUACCGAGUGUCGGUACCGAGUACGUAUUGAUAUUAAUAGGAUAAGCAAGAGAAAUUGUUGCGAAUAGUCGAUGGAGACAUGUACGUUUGAGAUGGUCGAAAAAGUGAGAAAGGUUAUAACGUGCGUUCAGCGCAUCGUAAAGCGGAUGGAGCGGAGGAAGCGGCCAGAUAUGUCCUCGUGCUCGUAUCAACGAAUCGCUUCCCUUCCGUCGAUGUACAUUUCCGUUCUUAAGUCGCUCGAUUGAUUUCACAGUCGUUCUUCGUAGUCGGACGUAUUUUUGUAUAAUAUGAACUCACAGGAUCUUCUCUAUGAGGGUAACCGACCGCGCGAGGAGUUAGUCUGUAAAUCGUUAGUUAAAGGUCGAGCUUCGCGACCGCGGAGAUCGUGCGAGUUCUUAAUUGGGUCGCCGGUAGCUCUGGCACGGUGACGUGUGAGCGGCGAUGAUUACAUCAUUGAUACUGUUAGUGUUACUGUUACGUAUUUACUUUAUUACUCAUGGAGUAUGUGUAAAAGAUAUCAUUGUAAAUUUCGCGAAACCAGCAUGAGAGUUUUGUUUAUGUAGAUAUGUGUAUUUAAGAGAAUUCUCUCUUAUGGCGUAAUCAUCGCGACACGAAUUGUAAUAUAUAUCACACACGCGCGAAUUCUUUCGGCAAAUUGAUACGGCUCGAAUAUGAGCUGUUCAUGGUUCUUUUUUUGUAAUAUAUAUUUCUACACAUAUAUUUAUCCUCUGUGCCAGCGUUUAGAUUCUAAUUGGCCCUCCUCUUCUCACUGUGAUCUUAUGUUAGUGUUUUUCACACAUUUUCUCUCUAAUCAAUUCCUUUCGUUUGUCCUCUGUGGGAAGGAAGGAUGUUGUGUCGGGUUCGCGGUCGGCAUCGCUUGAAGCUACCGGUGGCCGAGCAUAACAGGACAAUAUUACGUAUAUUAUCGCGUUAGGAAGAUAUAAACGAAAUCCCAGUUGUAUUCUACUACUUCUCUCACUGUAAACUAGUUAAAUACUGUCGCAACCUCUUACUUGCUAUUUUACGUAAAACAGCCUCUCGGCCACGUAAGGGACAUUGUACAUUGUUACUAUUUGUCGAAGGACUCUUAUUUAUCGAGAGUUAGAUAGCCGAUCAACCCGAGGCAAGCUAAAUUGAUACCAAUAGCAAUCAAUUAAUUGUAAAUGAAAGAGAAAAAGAGGGGGAGAAAGAGGAAGAAAUGGGGAGCGAAAAAUUCUCGUCGCACGAGUCGUAUUCCCAACGAGUUUUUAUCGCGAUUUAAGAUAGAUGCCUUGUUGCUCCAAGAACGGCUUGUCGCGCUUGCGUUCACCCCACGGAGAUUUCGGGAUUUUCGGAAGAAAGCUUUACUGUUAUUUAGUUUUAACGUAAUCUCAUACUGUCUAUGCUUGUACAUGUAUCAUAUAAACAUAUACCUGUAUGUAUAUAUAUGCGCGCGCUCAUAUGUAUAUGUAUAUGUAUAUAUACACAUACACACACAUAUUAUAUAUGUACACUCUCAGUAGAUGCGAACCGUUGUUCGGGUCCGAUUCACGCUGUAAAUUGACUGGAUUAAGUAAGUCGAUGUUGCGAGAGUGAAUCGUCCUGAUCGUGACUCACACAGCGCGCAGUCGAUGCAUUUAGGAUGCGAGGAGCGCGAACGCGCGCGGAAAAAGAAGAAAAAUCAUACCUCUCGCAAUCGUGUUACAAUAUUACAUGUAUGUAUGUAUGCGUAAUCCGCUAUGUAUAAUAUUAUCGUCGAUCGUUAACGUGGCGCCGGUUAUUAUGCACGGACACACGAUGACCUACCGGGUGCCGCCGUUAAGUGACUUUUAAUAGCAGCGAUCCGGCAUCGUGAGCGCGCAAUGACGAGCCGACAAUGCCUUCUCGUUGUACAAAUAUCGAAGAAGAAGAGGAAGAAGAUAAAGAAGAAUAGAAAGAUAAAACGGUA